UUAUGGCGACUGAAUCAAACACAAAAAUAUAUACUUUCUCGUGACUCUCUACGUAAAGCUCUUCCUCCUUCCUCAAAAACCUAGAUCUAUAAACCCCACAGCCACUGGCCUUUUGAACUACUAGGAGUGGAAAUUACACCAAUUAUUUUGAAGGCGGAAAUAAGUCAUGCAACUACGCACAAUUUAAGUGCAAGUGGUCCUCGCAACAGUAGUGGAGAGGACUUGCAUUACUACGACAUGAGUCGAACUCCGUCGACACGAGGCAUUGUAACAAAAUGUGGCCCACGCACCUUUCCGGAGGCCGAUCCAACGGUGUCGUUACUUGGCGUUUUGACGUAGGGGUUUUAAUUCCCACCGACCCAACGCUUGAGCUGUGUCGUUCAACUGUCAACACAGCAAAACUACGGAGCAAUCUCUCAUCUCUGUAAGCUCGCGGAUCAUGAGGCAGAAGAAGAAGAAGAAGAAAUCCGAAGUUACGUUUUGGCCUCUCAUCCAAACACACUGAGAGAUGGGAACACGUGGACUUGGAGGCAUCUUUUGUGUUUAUCGAAUUGCCAUCGCAAUGCCUCGUUGUCAUCGAAAUUUAGGUUUAAAAGGACCCUCAAGCAAAGUGGAAAUAGAAGGGAGUUUAUUCAGAGCGCAGGAGCGGAAACAUCAAUGGAAGAUAAGAAUUUGGAAAAGCCAAUUCCUGAAGGGUGGGAGUUGAAGGACGAAGGCUCCAAAACCUCGCACUACUUGUGUCCUGCAACUGGUCAGCAUUUUUCAACAUAUGAAGAUCUUAUGCGAUAUGUGAACUAUGCGAAGGAAAACAAGCUUUCAAUAUAUGCACCGGAUUGUAAGAUCAACAAACUGAAGAGGAAACGCAGGAAGAACAAACCUAUCUCUUUAACCAGGAGAAACUCUGGCGGUCAAAGCUCAAGGCCGCUGCCUGUGAAUCUGGGUAAAGAAAGAGAGGAAACCGCCAACCCUAUGGAAAGCAAUGAUACUGGGAAGGACACUGAAGCUGGUGAGGCUGGGAAGAGCAUUCAAGCUGGUGACCUUGAAGCAUCAGAAGCUAUGAAAGAAUAAGGCUCCAGGUUAUCCAUUGUCUCUGCAGGCUGCCGAGUAUUCACUUUUCUUUUGAUUGUCGGAUUGCUCUUUUCUCCGGUUUCUUCGGAAUAAUGCAUUUCCAGUUUGGUUAAUUCCUGAAUUUACUUCGGUUUGGUAUUUCAAUUUUAGUCUUGUAUGCAUUAUGGCAUGAGAGACCAACGAUGCGUUAUAAGAACGAAUAAAAUGGACAGAUUG